AUGGGUCGUGUUCGUGGUGGUUCAACUGGGAGAGGCUUUGGUGGGGCAAUGGUAACGGAGUCGGGAGUUGUGUUGGGUGAGGGCCGUGGGCUUAUGUGGUAUGUUUGGCGUGGCGGACUUGAUGGACUCGCUUACUCCAUUUUCUCCAUCUACUUCCCUAGUCAAAAUUAUCCUGUCUCCGAUUACAAGCCCCUUUUCACGCACAAGCGACAACCAAUCUCCAGUGAUGACUGGCUAGAUGGGGCAAAGGUGGAGUUAUUGAGAGAGAAAGAAAAGGUUACUAUAGGUGAUGGUUUUGAGAGGUCGGGCAAGUUGUGUUUAUGGAGGAUUGGAGAGGCUAAGCUUUGGGUGGAAGUGAAGAGUGAGGAGGAUGAAGGUCACUAUUCUUACAAUUUGAAAGAAGCUACGGGGUAUGGUUUUAUGAUUUAG